UCAUAUUGCAAAAAUUAUAUAACCAAGAAGUGGGUUUUUGUACGGUAUAAUUUAUUAAUUUUCUACUGCAAUGGCUGCAAAGAGAAUUACUAAAAGCGCAAUAAAUUGGGCCGCUCUAAGCGAAAGAGUUCCCGAACACCAACGACCUCAAUUCUUGGCUUUUAAAACCAAGUCUGAUGGAUACCUCAGGCGCGUAUUAGCAAAUCCCGAGAAGGCUCCGGCUAUUGAUUGGUCAUUUUACAAGUCGAAGGUCCCCCUUCCCGCUAUGGUUGAUGAAUUUCAGAAACAGUAUAGUGCAAUUUCCAUCCCUUAUCCUCCAGAUACAGUAAAGCCUCAGUUGGAUGCUUUAGAGAAAGAAAUUAAGAGCGAUAUUGAAAAAUUCAAGGCUGAAUCUAAUGUUCGCAUUCAGGAUUAUAAAAAGCAGUUGGCCCAUAUUGCUAGUCUAAUUCCAUACGACCAAAUGACAAUGGAAGAUUUCCGUGAUGCUUAUCCAGAAGAUGCUAUUGACCCUAUCAACAAACCCACUUUCUGGCCCCAUACCCCUGAAGAACAACACGACUAUGUUGAUAAGGAUGCUCAGCCAACCCACCACUAGAAUAUAUUUAUUUAACCUGUGGUUGUCAAUAUAAGCUCUAUAGUUGUCUACAAUUUUAUUGUGUCCAGUAUGGGACUAUUUUUUGUUGAAUUAUUAGAAUAAAAUCAAAUACCCACUAAUUGUCUGAU